AGUUCAAAGCUCAUUUCUUACCAACUCCCUCUUCGUCUUAACUUCAUCUAAAUUUCGUUUGCAAAAAUGAGUUCAAUAACUCCAUCAAAACCUAUACUUAAAUCAUUAAGUUAUUUAGAUACUACACCAAAACUACUGUCCAUUCCUUGGAAGAUUCAUCGCCAAACAAAGAGAUCACAGAUUUGUAACAUCAGAGCUAUCUAUAAGCAAGAAUCUAGGAACUUCUCAGCUGGUGUUGUUUCAAACAGAGCAGAUUGGCAAACUUCUUGUGCGAUUUUAGCAAGUAAUGUUGUUUUACAACAGAGUGAUAAAAAAACUGAUGGUAGUGGUAAUGCUGAGAUCGUUUCGAUUAAUGGUGUGCAUCGAACUCUAGAUCUAGUCCCAGUUCAGCAAGAAACGAAUUUACCGAAGCCUCUUUCGAUUACCGAUCUAUCUCCUGCUCCGAUGCACGGUUCUCAAUUGCGCGUCGCUUAUCAGGGAGUUCCUGGUGCUUAUAGUGAAGCUGCAGCUGGUAAAGCUUAUCCCAAUUGUGUAGCUAUACCGUGUGAUCAAUUUGAAGUUGCUUUUCAAGCUGUAGGGCACUGGAUUGCUGAUCGAGCUGUUUUACCGGUAGAGAAUUCCCUCGGCGGUAGUAUUCACCGGAAUUAUGACUUGUUACUCCGGCACAAUCUUCAUAUUGUCGGUGAAGUUCAAUUACCAGUUCACCAUUGUUUGUUAGCCUUGCCUGGUGUGAGAAAAGAAGAUUUGAAUCGUGUGAUUAGUCAUCCACAAGCGUUAUCUCAGUGUGAGUCGACUCUUACAAAACUCGGUCUAAAUGUUGCCCGUGAAGCUGUUGAUGACACUGCUGGUGCCGCUGAAUUUAUUGCUACACAUAAUCUACGCGACACUGCUGCUAUCGCAAGUUCUCGUGCUGCUGAAUUAUACGGGUUACAGAUUUUGGCAGACGGAAUUCAAGAUGAUUCGAGUAAUGUAACUAGAUUUGUCAUGCUAGCUCGUGAACCGAUUAUACCAAGAACAGACCGUCCAUUUAAAACUAGUAUUGUUUUCGCGCACGAUGAAGGAAUGUCAGUUUUGUUUAAAGUGUUAGCCGCCUUCGCGUUUAGGAAUAUCAGUCUGACAAAAAUUGAAAGCCGGCCAUAUAAAAAUCGUCCGAUCAGAGUUGUUGGUGAUGCUAGCACGGGUGGUACUGCUAAGCAUUUUGAGUAUAUGUUUUAUAUUGAUUUCGAAGCUUCGAUGGCAGACCCAAGAUCUCAGAAGGCACUUUCCGAAGUUCAAGAAUUCACUUCAUUUCUAAGAGUUUUAGGGAGUUAUCCUAUGGAUAUGACUCCAUGGAGUCCUUCUAGUAGAGAUUUAUGAUUGAAAUGGAAUUGAAGAAGUCCAAAUUUUGGGAUCUAUACAUUUCCUAGUAAAUAAACAGAAGAAGUUCUGAAGAACCACAAAAAUAUUUUCAUUCCACAACAGAUGUAGGAGUCUAAUCCAUUUAUACAUUUGAUUACUAUAUAUUGUAAUUUCUCCAUUGAUGCUUUUAAAAAAACGAAUGCCAGAAGUCUUUUUCAUCGGUAA